CGAAACGAGGAUCAGGAGGGAGAUUUUUUCUUUCCUGUAAGCAGCAGCUGCUGCAACAGCCUCUGGACCCUGCUGGAGCCCCCAGUCCGAUCAGAUCAGCCGUCUGUUAGCAAUGAAUGCUUCGUGCUGCCUGCUCUCUGCUCAACCGACGCUGCCUAAUGUCUCAGAGCACCUCGCAGCCCCUUCCUUCAGCAACCAGAGCAGCAACAGCUUCUGCGAGCAGGUCUUCAUCAAGCCUGAGGUCUUCCUGGCUCUGGGCAUCAUCAGCCUGAUGGAGAACAUCCUGGUCAUCCUGGCCGUGGUCAGGAACGACAACCUGCACUCCCCCAUGUACUUCUUCCUCUGCAGCCUGGCCGUGGCCGACAUGCUGGUGAGCGUGUCCAACGCCCUGGAGACCAUCAUGAUCGCCGUGGUCAACAGCGACCACCUGACCUUCGAGGACCAGUUCAUCCAGCACAUGGACAACGUCUUCGACUCCAUGAUCUGCAUCUCCCUGGUGGCUUCCAUCUGCAACCUCUUGGCCAUCGCCGUCGACAGGUACGUCACCAUCUUCUACGCGCUGCGCUACCACAGCAUCAUGACGGUGAGGAAGGCGCUCGGCUUGAUCGCGGCCAUCUGGCUGUGCUGCGGCGUCUGCGGCGUGGUGUUCAUCGUCUACUCCGAGAGCAAGAUGGUCAUCGUGUGCCUCGUCACCAUGUUCCUCGCCAUGCUGCUCCUCAUGGGCACCCUCUACGUGCACAUGUUCCUCUUCGCCCGGCUGCACGUCAAGCGCAUCGCGGCGCUGCCGCCCGCCGACGGGGCAGCCCCGCAGCAGCAUUCGUCCAUGAAGGGGGCCGUCACCAUCACCAUCCUUCUGGGGGUGUUCAUCUUCUGCUGGGCCCCCUUCUUUCUCCACCUGGUCCUCAUCAUAACCUGCCCCACCAACCCCUACUGCGUCUGCUACACCGCCCACUUCAACACCUACCUGGUCCUCAUCAUGUGCAACUCCGUCAUCGACCCCCUGAUCUACGCCUUCCGGAGCCUGGAGCUGCGCAACACCUUCAAGGAGAUUCUCUGCAGCUGCAACGGCCUGAGCUGGGGAUAGGAUGCAGGGCCACGCGAAGGGCUACCGGGCUGAUCACCUCUGACCCUCCAUCCAGCCAAGGUGUUUACAAAGAAA